AGCAGCCUCCGGCGCUGUCUCCCCGGAGCCGACCGGGCCACGCCAGGCCGGGCGGGCCGGCGGGCUGAGGCAAAGCAGUGGAGCAGGGAGCAGAAACGCUAGACGCAGUGGUCGUGGCGCGGCGGCGGCGGCUCCCCUGGAGGCCGGGGAUGUGGGAGAGGCGGUGGCAGCAGCGGCGGAGGCGGCGCUGCGGACCCGGGGGGAACUGCUGGCUGACAGGACACCCGGGAGAGACGUGAGGGAGCCGCCGCUGCCGCCUCUCACCCCCGAGCGGAGCUGGGCUCGAGAGGGCGGCCCUGUGCUCCCCGGGCCAACAGGCCAGCCGGCGCGGGGCGGGGGCGGGAAGCCGGGCUCCGGCCCGGCCGGGCUCUCGGCGCCAGGAGGUGGCGGCCGCGGAGGAGCAGCCUCGGUGCGACGUGGAGGGCUGCAGGCGGCGGAGAUGCACUAGGCCUCGCUCUGGGCGGCUGCCCGGAACCCGCAGUUGAGUGGUGAUUUUAUGCAAUGGCUUCAAGCCACAGUUCUUCACCAGUGCCUCAAGGAAGCAGCAGUGAUGUUUUCUUUAAAAAAGAGGUAGAUCCAACAAAACACAUUCGACCUGUGCAGUCACUGCCAGAUGUGUGUCCCAAGGAACCCACAGGUGUUUCAAAUAGUUUAUGUGUUGCCCCAUCUCUAGUUACAGAUCAACUUAGAUGGACUAUAUAUCAUUCCAAAGUAAAUCUCCCAGCAGCAUUAAAUGAUCCUAGAUUAGCAAAAAGAGAAUCUGACUUCUUCACAAAAACAUGGGGACCGGACUUUGUGGACACUGAAGUCAUACCUUCGUUCUACCUCCCACAGAUCAGCAAGGAACAUUUUACAGUAUAUCAACAGGAAAUCUCUCAGAAAGAGAAGAUUCAUGAGAGAUGCAAGAAUAUUUGUCCUCCUAAAGAUACCUUUGACAGGACUCUUGUACAUACUCAUGAUAAAUCCAGGACAGAUCUGGAGCAAGUACCUAAGAUUUUUAUGAAACCAGAUUUUGCCUUGGACGAUUCCUUAACUUUUAAUUCAGUUUUACCAUGGUCUCAUUUUAAUACUGCUGGUGGAAAAGGAAAUCGUGAUGCAGCUUCCUCAAAGUUGCUUCAAGAAAAGCUGAGCCAUUAUCUGGAUAUUGUGGAAGUAAACAUUGCUCACCAGAUCUCUCUACGUUCAGAAGCAUUUUUUCAUGCGAUGACCUCUCAACAUGAAUUGCAGGACUACCUCAAGAAAACUUCCCAGGCUGUAAAAAUGCUUCGAGAUAAAAUCACACAGAUUGAUAAAGUAAUGUGUGAAGGAUCACUACACGUUUUAAGACUGGCACUCACCAGAAAUAAUUGUGUUAAAGUGUACAAUAAACUGAAGUUAAUGGCUACUGUACACCAGACUCAGCCUACAGUACAGGUGUUAUUAUCUACUUCUGAAUUUGUUGGAGCACUGGACUUAAUAGCAACAACACAAGAGGUUCUACAGCAGGAACUUCAGGGCAUUCACAGUUUCCGGCAUUUGGGAUCACAGCUUUGUGAAUUAGAAAAACUGAUAGAUAAAAUGAUGAUUGCAGAGUUUUCUACUUAUUCUCACAGUGACUUAAAUAGACCACUGGAAGAUGACUGUCAAGUUUUAGAAGAGGAAAGACUAGUAUCUCUUGUAUUUGGACUUUUAAAACAAAGAAAACUUAAUUUUUUAGAAAUCUAUAGUGAAGAAAUGAUUAUUACAGCAAAAAAUAUCAUUAAACAGUGUGUGAUUAAUAAAGUUUCACAAAUAGAAGAAAUAGACACAGAUGUUGUUGUGAAGCUUGCAGACCAGAUGAGAAUGUUGAAUUUCCCCCAGUGGUUUGAUCUGCUAAAGGAUAUUUUCUCUAAGUUUACAAUUUUCCUACAGAGAGUUAAGGCAACAUUAAAUAUCAUUCACAGUGUUGUUCUCUCAGUUCUUGACAAAAACCAAAGGACUAGAGAAUUGGAGGAGAUUUCACAACAGAAGAAUGCUGCAAAAGAUAAUUCAUUGGACACAGAGGUGGCUUAUUUAAUCCAUGAAGGCAUGUUUAUAAGUGAUGCAUUCAGUGAGGGUGAAUUGACAGCUAUGACAGUCGACACUGCCUCUCAAAGGAAUGCAUCUCCAAAUAGUGAGCCCUGCAGCAGUGAUUCCGUGUCAGAGCCAGAAUGUACUGAUUCUUCAUCCAGUAAAGAGCAGACAUCAUCAUCUGCUACUCCAGGAGGAGUGGAUAUUAUGGUCAGUGAAGACAUGAAAUUAACUGACUUAGAGCUAGGAAAGCUGGCAAAUAAUAUCCAGGAGUUAUUGUAUAGUGCCUCAGAUAUAUGCCAUGAUCGAGCUGUCAAAUUUCUCAUGUCAAGAGCAAAGGAUGGUUUUCUUGAGAAGCUAAAUUCCAUGGAAUUCAUAACACUUUCUAGAUUAAUGGAAACAUUCAUUUUAGACACUGAACAGAUCUGUGGAAGAAAAAGUAUGUCAUUACUUGGAGCACUUCAGAGCCAAGCUAAUAAAUUUGUAAAUAGGUUUCACGAAGAGAGAAAAACCAAACUGAGUCUUCUCUUAGACAAUGAGCGCUGGAAGCAAGCUGAUGUUCCUGCAGAAUUUCAGGAUCUUGUUGAUUCUAUAUCAGAUGGAAAGAUUGCUUUACCCGAAAAAAAAUUAGGAGCUAUAGAAGAAAGAAAACCAGCUGAGGUUCUCAUUGUUGAAGGACAACAAUAUGCUGUUGUUGGAACUGUAUUGCUGUUAAUAAGAAUUAUCCUUGAAUAUUGCCAGUGUGUGGAUAACAUCCCAUCCGUUACUACUGACAUGCUUACUCGUCUGUCAGAUUUAUUGAAGUACUUCAAUUCAAGAAGUUGCCAAUUAGUUCUUGGAGCUGGUGCACUGCAAGUUGUUGGACUAAAAACAAUAACUACAAAAAAUUUGGCUCUGUCUUCACGAUGUUUGCAGUUAAUUGUGCACUACAUUCCUGUGAUCCGGGGUCAUUUUGAAGCUCGACUACCACCUAAGCAAUAUAGCAUGCUUAGGCAUUUUGAUCAUAUCACUAAGGACUACCAUGACCACAUAGCUGAAAUAUCAGCUAAGCUUGUAGCGAUAAUGGAUAGCUUAUUUGACAAGCUGUUAUCUAAGUAUGAAGUGAAAGCUCCUGUUCCUUCUGCCUGCUUCAGGAAUAUUUGUAAGCAAAUGGCAAAAAUGCAUGAAGCUAUAUUUGAUCUCCUUCCAGAAGAACAAACACAGAUGUUAUUUUUAAGAAUUAAUGCAAGUUACAAACUCCACUUGAAAAAGCAGUUAUCUCACUUAAAUGUGAUAAAUGAUGGAGGACCUCAAAAUGGGUUGGUCACAGCAGAUGUAGCUUUUUACACUGGAAAUCUUCAAGCCUUAAAAGGCCUUAAAGAUUUGGACCUAAAUAUGGCUGAGAUCUGGGAACAGAAGAGGUGAUGUCAUGCUGGAAAGCUGGGUAGUUCAUCUGACCAUGGGAUGUGUAUGUUUAUGAAGAAAAUCUGGAUGUGUAUGAUUCAAGAACUGAACCUGGAACCCAAAGUGAACUGGGGUGGGGUAAGGGAAAAAGGAAAGUAUCAGUGUUGGGAAACUGGAUUCAGUGGGAUCUACAAGGAAUGCCAUUUUGGUGCAUCCUGCAGUGAGGAGUUAACUGAUCAGGUGUCUAUAACAUUUUUCAUUCUCUCUGGAAACAGACUCAGGUUUCUUUGGACCAAAUCCAAAAGAACACAUAGCUGUAACACAGCUGUAGUUGACUAGAAUGCUCUGUAUACUUUAUAUUAAAAAAUGCUUUGCAUUUCUUCCAGUGCAAUGAAAUUCAUAUGGUGUCCCACCUUAUUUAAUGAUGGUACAAUUUAAAAUAUUAAAAUCUUAGUCAACCUCUGUAGAAAGUUUUCUCUAUGAAAGUAAAGCUGUUUGAAAAAUUAUUUUUUUACAGAUCUUUCUAUAAAAAAUAAACAUCUUUUGACUGCUUGGA